AUGUCAACGUCCUCCCCUGCAGCCCACUACACCAUCGACACCCUCCGCGGUGUCGGUCUGCUGCCGAUGCAGUUGGCGCUCUCGCGGCAGCCACGACUGCGGCCGCACGUUAGGCAUCUAAAAGGCCUCGUGUAUCCUCUGCCGUACUACGCCAUGUGGCGGGGUAACCACAACAAGUACAUGUACAACCAAAGCACCGUCUCGCGCUGGGGAGAAGGCGAGACACGACACAUGUACCAUCAGCACUAUUCACAUGCGAAGUGUCCUACAGACUACGGCCGUGGUGGACGGGAGUUUGAGUAUUUGUCUGUCAAACGCGGCCGGCUGGUAAAGAAACCGCUACCGCAGGUGCAGUACGUAUCGAAGGGAUCCAAGCCGACGUGGUUAUUCAAGUCAUGGCACACUCCGCUCAGUUCGCCAACGAUGUGGGAACGGGAGGUACAGUACGCCGAGCAUGUUCCGGAGCAUCUGGGUGCAAAGAGACCCCUGGCUGUCGUUGCGCCUCGCACGAUGCAUCGCUAUUUGUUUCUCAUGCACAUGGAGAAGAUAACCAUCACCAUCUCCCCAUUUCUUUUCGGGUAUGGACACACGUUGCAGAAGGCGGUGAUGGACUUCUACCGGCGUGCCAUUAGCGCACGGGCACCUUUUCCGAAGGAUAAAGUGUUUUUGUUUUACGCCAUUGAUCACAUUACCCCACGCAUUGAGGUGACGUGGCUCAAUGGCAAAACGUACGUGCCUCCUUUGCUGGAGGGAACGAGUUCCCAUGACCUUAUUCAGAUGGUGAUGGAGGAGGCGUGGCUUGCCGCAGACCGCAUGGGGGCAGAAGGACGUGUCCUGAACCCGUUGGCUAUCGAUGAUUACAAGUGGGAGCAGCUUAUCGUCUUCAAAAAGGUACGGGAUAAGGAGGCAGCAAAGGGAGGUGGCAAGAAGAAGUAG